AUGAUUUUGACACGAUUUGUUGCAUUUUUGAACGGAACAUCAAUUUCAUUGGAUUGUAAAAGGUCUACAAAGGCGCAACAGUGUUUGCCAGAUGUUGGAAAAUGGUUGUUUAAAGCGAGCGGGGCUGCCGGUGUUAUUAAGAGUGUCAUCUAUUUUAUAGAGAUGCUGCAAAGAUGCCAUUCAAAUUUAUGGAGAAUUGCGUAUAACCAACUACUUAUUUUCGACGGCCAAUCGCAAAUAUCCAAAGUAAAGGGAAAUCGUGGCAUUAGUAGUUACUUGGAAAUUGAGGACGUUUGGUUGAGUAUAGCAUUUGAAAAGACUAGAAAUUUUUCUGCUCAAUUGACGCAAAAUGAGUGCAUUCAUCACCACGACACAUUUACUGAUACUAUCAGGUGGAUUUAUAAUUGGCCAAUCUGGUAUGCGCCAAAUCCUCUUUAUUUAAAUGCGCAUCUAUCCGUACGAGUGAUUCAGCAGCCACAAAUCAAAUAUCCACCUGUGGCAAAUUAUAGAAAGAGAAGUAACAAGGCAGCAUUGAGGAUGAUUGUAUAA